UGUGUGUGCUCGCCCGCCCCGCGCCGCGCCCGCCCCAGCGCCGGCCCCUUUUGUUCCCUCCCGGCGUCGGGCCGCUCGCUUGGCCGCUGCUCGGCUCGCUCGGCUCGCUCGGCUCGGCUCGCUCGGCUCGGGGCCCUCGCUCCGCGCUGCCGCCUGCCUCUGGAGGCCCGAGAGGGCCGUGCCGGGCUGGGGACCCACCGGUGCAUCCGGAACCGCGGUGGGCAGCAACCGGCCGCAGCAUCAGCAUCGUCGCCGCCUCCUCCCGGCUCCGGCCGGCCGGGGAGCUGAGGCCCGGAGGCUCUGGGCUUGCAGGGCUGGCUGCAAGGUGUGCAAGGAUGGCAGAGAGGAGGUGACCUGUACCGGCCCUCGUCCACCCUCCAAGGGGCAGCGCCAUGCAGAAGCCCAGUGGCCUGAAGCCCCCCGGCCGUGGGGGGAAGCAUUCCAGCCCUGUGGGCCGCGCGUCCACUGGGUCGGCUUCGUCCUCGGCGGCAGCUGCAGCUGCCGGCUCCAAGGAAGGCUCCCCCCUGCACAAGCAGGCGUCGGGUCCCUCCUCCGUGGCCACAGCUACCCCCACCCCACCCCCCACCACCGCCCCCGGUGGCCCCGCUGCCGAGAAACCUGGCCCGAAAGUGGCCGAAGUGGGCGAUGACUUCCUGGGUGACUUCGUGGUGGGUGAGCGCGUGUGGGUAAAUGGCGUGAAGCCGGGCGUGGUGCAGUACCUGGGCGAGACACAGUUCGCGCCCGGCCAGUGGGCCGGGGUGGUGCUGGACGAGCCGGUGGGCAAGAACGACGGCGCGGUGGGCGGCGUGCGCUACUUCGAGUGCCCGGCGCUGCAGGGCAUCUUCACGCGGCCGUCCAAGCUUACGCGGCAGCCGGCGGCCGACGGCUCGGGCAGCGACGCACACUCGGUGGAGUCGCUCACGGCCCAGAACCUGUCCCUGCACGCGGGCACCGCCACGCCUCCGCUCAGCAGCCGCGUCAUCCCGUUGCGGGAGAGUGUCCUCAAUAGUGCCGUCAAGACCGGCAACGAGUCCGGCUCCAACCUGUCGGACAGCGGCUCGGUGAAGCGGGGUGACAAGGACCUGCGCCUGGGAGACCGCGUCCUGGUCGGCGGGACGAAGACUGGCGUGGUGCGCUAUGUUGGGGAAACAGACUUUGCCAAGGGCGAGUGGUGCGGUGUGGAGCUGGAUGAGCCGUUGGGGAAGAAUGAUGGGGCAGUGGCAGGCACCAGGUACUUCCAGUGCCCACCCAAGUUCGGUCUCUUUGCACCCAUCCAUAAGGUCAUCCGUAUCGGCUUCCCAUCCACAAGCCCGGCCAAGGCCAAGAAGACCAAGCGGAUGGCCAUGGGCGUCUCAGCGCUCACCCACAGCCCCAGCAGUUCCUCCAUCAGUUCCGUCAGCUCCGUGGCCUCUUCUGUUGGGGGCCGGCCCAGCCGCAGCGGCCUGCUCACAGAGACAUCCUCGCGCUAUGCCCGCAAGAUCUCGGGUACCACAGCCCUGCAGGAGGCCCUGAAGGAGAAGCAGCAGCAUAUCGAGCAGUUGCUGGCUGAGCGGGAUCUGGAGCGGGCUGAGGUGGCCAAGGCCACGAGCCACAUCUGCGAGGUGGAGAAGGAGAUCGCCCUGCUCAAGGCACAGCACGAGCAGUAUGUUGCAGAAGCAGAGGAGAAGCUGCAACGGGCCCGGCUGCUGGUGGACAGUGUGCGGAAGGAGAAGGUGGAUCUGUCCAAUCAGUUGGAGGAGGAAAGGAGGAAGGUGGAGGACCUGCAGUUCCGUGUGGAAGAGGAGUCCAUCACCAAGGGAGACCUGGAGACCCAGACACAGUUGGAACAUGCGCGCAUUGGGGAGCUGGAGCGGAGCCUGCUGCUGGAGAAGGCUCAGGCCGAGCGGCUGCUCAGGGAGUUAGCGGACAACAGGCUGACCACGGUGGCCGAGAAGUCGCGGGUGCUGCAGCUGGAAGAGGAGUUGAACCUGCGGCGAGGCGAGAUCCAGGAACUCCAGCAAUGCCUGCUGCAGUCGGGCCCUCCACCGCCGGACCAUCCCGAGGCCGCCGAGACACAGAGGCUGCUGCGGGAGCGGCUGCUGUCGGCCAGCCAGGAGCAGCAGCAGCGCGAGAGCGGGGCGCUGCGGGACAAGUACGAGAAAGCCCUGAAGGCCUACCAGGCGGAGGUGGAGAAGCUGCGGGCCGCCAACGACAAGUACGCGCAGGAAGUGGCCGACCUCAAGGCCAAGGUGCAGCAGGCCACCAGCGAGAACAUGGGCCUCAUGGACAACUGGAAGUCCAAGCUGGACUCGCUGGCAUCCGACCACCAGAAGUCCCUGGAGGACCUCAAGGCCACCUUGCACUCAGGCCCCGGCGCCCAGCAGAAGGAGAUCGGAGAGCUGAAGGCCGUGAUGGAAGGCAUCAAAAUGGAGCACCAGCUGGAGCUGGGCAACCUGCAGGCCAAGCACGACCUGGAGACGGCCGUGCACGUGAAGGAGAAGGAGAGCCUGCGGCAGCAGCUGCGGGAAGCACAGGCCGAGCUGGCGGGGCUGCGGCAGCACUGGCGGGCGCAGCUGGAGGCGCAGGCCGGCCAGCAGCGGCUGGAGUUGCAGGAGGCGCAGGAGCAGAGGCGGCGCGCCGAGCUGCGCGUGCAGGAGCUCGAGCGCCUGGACGCCGAGUACCGGGACCAGGCGCAGGCCAUCGAGUUCCUCAAGGAGCAGAUCUCGCUGGCCGAAAAGAAGAUGCUGGACCACGAGCGGCUGCAGCGGGCCGAGGCGCAGAGCCGGCAGGAGGCCGAGCGGCUGCGCGAGAAGCUGCUGGUGGCUGAGAACAGACUGCAGGCUGCCGAGGCCCUGUGCUCCGAGCAGCACGCGCAUAUGAUUGAGUCGAACGACCUCACAGAGGAGCAGAUGCGGGUUAAGGAGACGGUGCAGGACCUGCAGGACAAAUUAAACAAGAGGGACAAAGAGGUGACCGCCUUGACAUCCCAGACCGAGACGCUCAAGGCCCAAGUAAGUGCACUCGAGAGCAAGUGCAAGUCAGGAGAGAAGAAGAUGGAGGCGCUGCUGAAGGAGAGGCGGCGGCUGGAGGCCGAGCUGGAGGCUGUGUCCCGGAAGACGCACGAUGCCUCAGGCCAGCUGGUCCUCAUCAGCCAGGAGCUGCUCAAGAAAGAGCGGAGCCUGAAUGAGCUGCGGGUGCUGCUGCUGGAAGCCAACCGCCACUCACCAGGGCCAGAGCGGGACCUGAGCCGAGAGGUUCAUAAGGCCGAAUGGCGAGUCAAGGAGCAAAAGCUCAAAGAGGACAUCCGAGGCUUGCGCGAGAAGCUCACCGGGCUGGACAAGGAGCGGUCGCUGGCGGACCAGAGGCGCUAUUCGCUCAUCGACCCGUCCUCGGCGCCCGAGCUCCUGCGACUACAGCGCCAGCUGAUGAGCACGGAGGACGCGCUGCGGGAGGCGCUCGACCAAGUGCAACAGGUGGAGAAGCUUGUGGAGGCCACGCGAGGCGGCGUGGACAAGGCCCAGACCCUGGGCCCUGGCAGCUCGGCCAACGGCAUCCACCAGCAGGACAAGGCCCACAAGCAGGAGGACAAGCACUGACCCUGGGAGAACACCGCCGAGCGGCCCUGUCCACAGCAAGCCCACCCAGGCUGCCCAGCGGCGCCUCCUCCAGGCAGAAGCCAGGACUGUCUCCGGGGACAUCAGACAGUGUACCAUGAGCAUCCUUGCCGCCUGUGGACACAACGCUGCCUGUCCACCAUGGACUGCCUGCUGGACCAGGACAGCAGCACAGCCCCAGCCUGUCCCAGAGCCGGCAGCUUGAACAUCCCCAGAAGCUUGCGGAGUUUGCGUGUGUCGGGAGCGCUGAGAAGGGCCAGCUCCUGCGGGGCCUGAGCGGGGACCCCUGGUUCUCCAGCCGCUUCCUGCCCGAGGCUCCAUGCCCCCAUCCUGAGCUUUCUUCAGUGAGGCCCCCAGGCUCAGGGUGUUGGGGGACAGUGACCUUCUUCCUGUCCCUCAACACCAGCACCUCCGAACUGCUGACCAGAGGGUGGUCACCAAGGCCCGGAGUCACAGUGUUACGCAAGUUUUGGGAACCCCCUCCCUUAAGCCCUACCCCCAACUUGAUGAUCCCUGGCCAAGGCAGGCCCAGCUGAGGUGGCCCCACCCUGGGUGGAUCAGAUGGCUCCAAACUAUGACCCCAACAUACACACUACAGUGACACAUUCAUAGGGACCAGGGGUGGAUGUGCAGCCACCAUGAACCGCGCGGGAGACACCUGCCAGCAUCUCAGUGCUAAUGGUUCACCAGGGCCCUUGCAACUCUUUUCAAGCAUUGGUCCUCACUAUCCCCGAGCCAGGGGGCAACCUAUAGGGCCUGGAAGCAUGGCCCAGCCUGAGAAAUCAAACUGCCUACCCCGGCAUCCUGAGGGCACUCCUGGAACCGCGGCUACUUCCACCUUAGGCCUGAGAGGGCGUGUGGGGGACCCCGACUGCGCCCUCCGCAGUCCCCUUCAUCAGGUGUGCCCAGGCGAGGCGCCUCACGCUGCCACAUGCCCCACGCAGCCCACUGGCUUAUCGGUAGUUGUCGCUUGCAGUGUUACUAACAGCAACCUAGAAACGAUGCUCGUUGGCCUAACCCAGCCGAGCCCUGUGGCUUCUGUCUGCAAAGUCAGGAG